UGCGUUCAUUUGGUACAUUUAUUAAUUAUUUUUAUGGUCAACCUGAAUACAAUUACGACCAACGAUUUAUACAAUUACAAACGCCGAAAUAGGAAGAGGUGUUGUUGAAGACGAAAUAACAUAUAAAAUAUUAUUGAAAGUAUAGUCUUCAAGACUUCAGCUAAAAAUGGACUUUUUAGAAUAUCCUGAUGUUAUUGCAGAGGUUAAGGGUGCAAUGACACCUGGAAGAUUAAAAUUAACUGAUCAACAUAUUAUAUUUAAAAAUCAAAAAACUGGAAAAGUUGAACAGAUAUCAGCUAGUGAUAUGGAAAUGGUAAAUUAUCAAAAAUUUAUAGGAACUUGGGGUUUACGUAUAUUUUUGAAAAAUGGAACCCUGCAUAGGUUUAGAGGAUUUAAAGAAGGGGACCAAGAGAAAAUAGCAAAAUUUUUCUCAGUAAAUUAUAAAAAGGAUAUGCUGGAAAAGGAACUUAGUUUGAAAGGUUGGAAUUGGGGUACAGCUAAAUUCAAUGGAUCUGUCUUAAGCUUUGAUGUUGGAAAUCAUACAGCAUUUGAAAUUCCAUUAUAUGAUGUUUCACAGUGUAAUACAGGGAAAAAUGAAGUAACACUGGAGUUUCAUCAAAACGAUGACGCUCCUGUUAGUUUGAUGGAAAUGAGAUUUCAUAUUCCUAUUAGUGAUAGUGCGGAUCAAGAUCCUGUAGAAGCAUUUCAUCAACAAGUUAUGGAAAAGGCCUCUGUUAUUAGUGUCAGUGGUGAUGCCAUUGCUAUAUUUAGAGAAAUCCAGUGUCUUACACCACGUGGUCGUUAUGACAUAAAAAUAUUUCAAUCGUUUUUUCAACUUCAUGGUAAAACGUUUGAUUAUAAGAUUCCUAUGUCUACAGUUCUUAGACUAUUCUUACUACCUCAUAAGGACAAUAGACAAAUGUAUUUUGUGGUCAGUUUAGAUCCACCUAUUAAGCAAGGUCAAACUAGAUAUCAUUACCUGGUUUUAUUGUUUAAUCAAGAAGAAGAAACUUCUAUUGAAUUACCAUUUUCUGAGAAGGAACUGAAAGAAAAAUAUGAAGAAAAAUUGACAAAAGAAUUAUCUGGACCCACAUAUGAGGUACUUGGAAAAGUAAUGAAAGUUAUUAUUAACAGAAAAUUAACUGGACCUGGUCAUUUUCUUGGUCAUUCUGGAACCCCUGCAAUAGGAUGUUCAUUUAAAGCGGCUGCAGGAUAUUUAUAUCCUUUAGAGAGAGGCUUUAUAUAUGUUCAUAAACCACCUAUACAUAUACGCUUUGAAGAAAUAACAUCAGUCAAUUUCGCACGUGGUGGUGGUUCCACACGUUCUUUUGACUUUGAAAUUGAAUUAAAUACAGGUGUAGUUCAUACAUUCAGCAGUAUAGAAAAAGAAGAAUAUGGUAAACUUUUUGAUUUUAUCACUUCAAAGAAAUUGAGGGUCAAGAACAGAGGCAAGAGUGACAAAUUGAAUUAUGACAACGAUUUUGGAGAUAGCGAUCAAGAAGAUGAACCUGAUGCAUACUUGGCUAGAGUUAAAGCUGAAGCACAAGAAAGAGAUGGCGAUGAAAACCAGGAUUCUGAAGAAGAAUCUACAGAUGAAGACUUUAAUCCUAAUCAGGAUGAAAGUGAUGUAGCCGAAGAGUAUGAUAGUGAUCCUAAGAGUUCUGAAAGUGAGGAAGAUUCUGAUGGAUCAAAUAGUAGUCAAAAGAAAGAGAAAAAAGAAAAGAAAUCUAAAUCAGCUAAAACAAUAUCCGAAAAGCCAAGGAAACCACGUAAAUCAAAGAAAGAAAAAGACACUAACAAACCAAAACGGCCAGCAACAGCUUUUAUGUUAUGGUUAAAUAGCGCUCGUGAUCAAAUUAAAGCAGAAAAUCCAGGUAUUGCAGUUACAGAAAUAGCCAAAAAAGGUGGUGAAAUGUGGAGAGAAUUGAAAGAUAAAUCUGAAUGGGAACAAAAAGCGACAAAAGCCAAAAAAGAAUAUUCGGCAGCAAUGAAAGAAUAUGAAGCAAGUGGUGGAAAAAGUAAAGAAAAGAAAGAGAAAGAAAAAGAGAAAGAGAAAGAGAAAGACAAAAAGAAAAAAGAAUCUAAAAAAGAUAUGUCACCUAGUAAACUUAUGUCUGGAUCUUCUUUCAAAAGUAAGGAGUAUAUCAGUGAAGAUGAAUCCAGUAGUGAAGGUGAAAGUUCAACAGAAAAGAGAUCUGAAAAGAUGAAACAUUCGGAUAAUGAAAGUGACAGUGAAAAAGAAUAGAAGAAAGUUGAGAAUAUAUCAAGAUAAGAAUUUUAGAAUAAUAAGAACAGAUAAACAUGAAAACAUUUGUUGAAUGUUUAAUACAAUUUUGUAUUGGUCAUUCCUAUUCAUUGAGAUAUAAGUUCUUCUUUUAUUAUAA